UGUAUUUUGCGUUGAGGCCAUCAGUGCGAAAUUAAUUAUGUAUUAUAAUAAAUUAGCUGUUUGAAAGUACUGAUGGUUCAAUACAAUUUCAACUUUUUAGCAUUAUAAUAAAUUCACUAAUGACAUUUGCUACUUUAACACAGCGAGUCGAUGGAUCUAACAGCCAUUAAAAAGUUACUCAGUUCUCGUAGACCAAGUGCAGACUACUUGGCUGGCGUAGAUGGUUUCCUUGAUUUUGCAUACACUGGAAAAAGUUCAGAUGCCAAGAUCCAUUGUCCAUGCGUCAGAUGUGUCAAUAGGAACUUGUUGAAGCGAGACACCGUAUAUGAUCAUUUGGUGUGUAAUGGAAUGCUACUUGGAUACACAGUUUGGGGUUGUCAUGGUGAAACUGCAGGAUACAUCUCCUCUAACAAACGAAAAAGGUCAAAACAGGAAGGCAUAAACUCUAAUAUGCGCCAGCUAGUCCAUGAUGUUUUCGGGAACAUAGAUAAUGGGUCUCAAGUGAAUGACUUCGAUGACCCAAACCCUCCAGAACAUGGACCAGAUCCUGAAACCCAAUCUUUUUAUGACUUGUUGAGAGAUGCAGAUGUACCUUUGUGGGACGGGUGUGAACUAUCAAAACUUUCUUUCCUUGUGCUUCUGUUCAACAUAAAAUCCAGUAACAAGUGGAGUAAUAAAUCUAUAAAUGAUUUGCUAGCAGUUCUACAACAAGCAAUUCCAAAUGGCAAGAAUUUACCUGGAACUUUUGCCAAGGCCAAGAAGAUCAUUGGAAAGCUUGGGCUUAGUUAUGAGAGAAUUCAUGUUUGUGAAAAAGAUUGUCAGCUUUUUUGGAAAGAGAAGGCUAAUGAUGACUUUUGCUCAGUAUGUGGAGCAUCAAGGUGGAAAAACAAACCUGAUAAAACCGUGCUAACUAACAAGGAAAGGAAAAAAGCAACCCCGAAGAAGGUGCUCCGGUACUUCCCUAUUAAGCCAAGGCUUAAGAGGCUUUUUAUGCACAAGGAAACUGCUAUAGCAUUAAGAUGGCAUGAUGAGGAACGCAUAAAAGAUGGAGCAUUGCGACAUUUAGCUGAUUCAGCGGCAUGGAAGGAGAUUGACUCUAAGUAUAAGCACAUCAGAUCAGAUUCUCGAAAUAUUAGAUUCAUAAUCACAGCUGAUGGAUUCAAUCCGUUUGGUAAGCUGAAUAGUAAACAUAGUUGCUGGCCUGUUGUCCUAGUACCCAAUAACCUUCCACCAUGGUUGUGCAUGAAGGCAUCUUCUCUUAUGCUCACUCUGCUUAUUCCUGGUCCAACUUACCCUGGAAAGAAUUUCCAUGUAUUCAUGCAACCAGUUUAUGAAGAACUAACCGAGCUGUUUAUGGUAGGAACACAUACAUAUGAUGCAUCUCGAGGUGAGAUGUUUCAACUUUAUGCCGUUGUGUUGUCUACCGUGAGUGACUACCCCGGGCUAGCUCUCUUUGCAGGAUAUAGCGUAAAUGGUGAGUUUGGUUGUUUUCCAUGUCGUGAUGAAACAUGUUCUAAACGCUUGAAAUAUGGGCAAAAGUACUGUUUCAUGGGGCAUCGCCGAUUUCUGCCCCCAGAUCACAAAUUCCGUUUUGAUGCUAGAUCGUUUGAUGGAUCUGAAGAACAUAGAGCGUCACCUAGUGCUUAUGCGGAAACUAGAGUUGUAGAUCAAAUAAAAUCAAUUUCAAAUUUUCAGAAAUCCAAAACAUGGAAGUGUGUCAGUGGCCUAUUCAAUUUGCCUUAUUGGGACUUCAAUUUACUUCGUCACAAUCUUGAUAUCAUGCAUAUUGAGAAGAACGUAUGUGAAAACAUAUAUGGAACACUUCUAGGAAUAGAAGGCAAGUCCAAAGAUAAUUUAAAGGCACGACAAGACCUACAGCACAUGAACAUUAAACGAGAGCUGCAUCCACAAAAAAAACCUAAUGAUAAGUAUUAUCUGCCACCUGCUUCCUAUAACCUAUCUAAAGAAGGGAAGCAACAAUUUUGCAAAGUCCUUCAUGGUGCAAGGGGUCCGAAUGGGUUUUCAGGAAACAUCUCAAGAUGUGCAAAUGUUGUUCAAGGGAGAAUCUCAGGCCUUAAAAGUCAUGAUUGUCAUAUACUAAUGCAACACUUUCUACCACUUGCUAUUCGAGGUCUACUCCCAGAUCAUGUCAUAUCUGUGUUGUUCGACCUGUGUGGGUAUUUUAGAGAAGUGAGUGCAAAAGUCCUAUACAUCAGCGAUCUUGAGAAGUUGGAGGAGCGAAUCAUAAUGACAUUAUGUCAUAUGGAGAGAAUAUUCCCACCAGGUUUUUUCACUGUUAUGGUGCAUUUGGUUAUGCAUCUAGCAACGGAGGCAAAAAUAGGUGGUCCAGUGUGCUACCGUUCGAUGUGGUUUGUGGAAAGGUAUAUAGGUAAGCUGAAGUCAAAUGUCCGUAACAAAGCUCGUCCCGAAGGAUCUAUCGCUGAAGCAUUUUUGGCAGAUGAGUGCAUGACAUUCUGUUCAAGAUAUAUUGUCGGUUUUGAGACCAAACAUAACUUGCCCUCGCAGAACGAAGAUAACGACGAGUGGGUUGGGCAUCAUGAUAUUGCACAUGGAUCAAGAUUAUUUCCACAUUCUGGCAAUCCACUUGGAAAGCCUAGGAAUUAUGUACUGAGCGGUGUGGCAAAAGUACAGGCACAUAGAUAUGUCUUGUUCAAUUGCUCUGAUGUGAAUUCAUACCUUAGGGCUCAUGCUGAUGAGAUCACUAAUGGACGCAAUUUAAACCCUGAUGUUGUCGAGAGGAUUCAAAAUGAUAAGUUCCACGAAUGGUUCCAAGCUCAUCUAAGUGCCAUAUUUUGCAUAUACUAUACACGUAUCACUACAUUUAGUUGUAAUCAAAUUCUAAAUAUUCAGAUAAAGAAAUUGGAGAAGGAAAAUGGCAUCCACAACAUUGAAAAGGAUAUUAGAUUGCUCGCCCGGGGCCCAGUUAAUGCAGCCAAAAGAUAUUGCGCUUUCAACUCCCAAGGCUACCAUUUUAGGCCUAAAUGCUUGGAUAAAGAGACACAAAAUAGUGGAGUCAUGGUAACUGCAAAAACUUCUAGUUAUGCUUCAGCACAUGAUGCCAAUCCUGUUUUACGUGAUGUGACGUACUACGGGAGGGUAAUUGAUAUUGUCGAGCUAAACUACUCUGGACAGUUUUCAGUGGUGUUGUUUAAAUGUGAAUGGGUUAAUGUGUUCUCAGAAACAGGAAUGAAAAAAGACAAGUACGGUUACACACUUGUCAACUUCUUACAUCUAAUACACAAAGGAGAAAAGAUUGAGCAUGAGCCUUUUAUUUUCCCUAACCAGGCGAAUCAAGUGUUCUAUGUGGAAGAUGAAUUGAAUCCAGGUUGGUCUGUGGUAAUGAAGUUGCCAAAGCCUAGAGAUGUAUAUGACUUAGGCAACUUGGAAUGGGAAGCGCAGACAGAAAAUGAGCCAUUCCAUGUUUCACAGCUUGGAGAGAGUUUGAAAAUAAAGAACAAUGAAGAACAUUGGGUUAGAACAGACGUUGAGGGGACAAUAGUGGAUGCUAAUAAUGCUUCGAGCAACGAAGAAUAACUGAGGUUCAGACUGCAUGCUACAUGGAGGCAUGGAGGGGGUGGUCGGCUGUGUGCUUUGUGUUAGUACAAAACAGCCUACUCUUUUCUGCUUGCUGGCUUUCUGCUGACUACUUGACCAACUUUCUUGGUGAUAUACUGCUGUGUGAGACCAUGUGUUGGUCAAAACAUAGUAUACUCUUAUAUUCAUGCUUGGUAAUUCGGUCAGCUGCGACACCACAUGCUUGUUUGGAACAUCAUUUUGUACUUUGGUCAACAACAGUUCAAAAUUGAGAUACA